AUGCUCUUGAGCAACCCUGCCUAUGACACUCCCCGUGGGCCCCAGGAGAGGCCAAGACGUUGUCAGGGAGAUGGAGAAACCAUUUCUUCACCUUCCACAGGAGGCUUCCCGCUCCCACUGCCCAGCAAUUCUGUGAGGCAACGCAGGGGCUGAAGAAACCCGGCCAACACCCUGGAGGUAGCCAGGGAUGGGGCAGGUCAGAAAGGCUCCUGGUUGAGCAUAAAGGAGGGUCCUGCAUGCUGGGAGGAGGCCGACUUGGGGACCAUGGAGACCCAGAGGGCCAGCCUCACCCUGUGUCCUCUUCCUCUGUGCACCCAGGGGCGGUGGUCACUGUGGGUACUGCUGCUGGGACUAGUGAUGCCCUCGGCCAGCGCCCAGACCCUCAGCUACAGGGAAGCUGUGCUUCAUGCUGUGGAUCGCCUCAACGAGUGGUCCUCAGAAGCUAAUCUCUUCCGCCUCCUGGAGCUGGACCCGCCUCCCAAGGCCGAUGGCGACCCAGACACCCCGAAGCCUGUAAGCUUCACGGUGAAGGAGACCGUGUGCCCCAGGACAUCGCAGCAGCCCCCGGAGCAGUGUGACUUCAAGGAGAAUGGGCUGGUGAAACAGUGUGUGGGGACAGUCACUCUGGACCAGGUCAAGGGCCAAAUGAACAUCACCUGUGAAGAGCUGCAGAGUGUUGGGAGAUUUAAGCGGCUGCGUAAGAAGAUCCAAAAAACUUGGAGGAAAAUUGGUCCGAUAGCUGGCCCGCUAAUCCACUAUUUUGGGUAA